UUUAAGAGGGGGUCACGAAGCACAUACAAUAAAAUUCCAGAUUCGCUCCAGCAGUGGUUCAGUUGCGAUCGACCAUUCUCUCUGCAGCGGCAUGGUCUCUAUCAGAGCAUUUUUAUUUUUAUCGGCUCUCCUGACCAUCAACGUGAUGGGCCAGGAUCCGCCGACUUUGUAUCAAUAUUACACAGAGGGAGGAAUAUCCUCAGGGCUGGAGACCCUCACGACGAGACAAUUCACUCUCAAUGGGAAGCCGAUAACCCUUUAUUCAGGCUCGAUUCACUACUACCGGGUUGUUCCUGAGUAUUGGCGGGACAGACUAAAGAGAAUGCGAUCUGCUGGACUAAACGCCAUAGAAACUUAUGUUCCUUGGAAUCUGCACGAGCCGGAAAUUGGCACAUUUGAUUUUGGAGAUGGCGGAAACGAUUUUUCGCCGCUGCUGAACAUUACGCAGUUUUUAAAAAUCGCUCAGGAAGAAGACCUAUUCGUCAUUUUGCGCCCGGGGCCGUACAUUUGCACGGAAUGGGACUUUGGCGGCCUCCCUAGCUGGCUUUUGCGCUAUCCUGGAAUUAAAGUCCGCACGUCAGACCCGAUUUUCACUGGUCAUGUCAAGCAGUUCUUUGACCAGCUUUUGGCGCAGGUUGUUGAUUACCAAUUUACUCGCGGUGGUUCAAUCAUCGCCGUGCAGAUUGAAAACGAAUACGGUUCGUUUGGAGCUGCUAAUGUUCAAACGUCAUACCUCGAAUUCAUAAGGGACACCUACGUGGAAGACGGAAUCAGCGAGUUACUUUUCACCUGCGACUCCGCAGUUAGCUCUGGAACAACAGGAGCUUUGCCAGGCUACCUGAUGAUGGCAAACUUCAACAAUAACCCUGCGGAACAAUUCGAUAAACUACUGGAGUUACAGCCAGACAAACCACUUAUGUCGAUGGAAUUCUGGGUUGGAUGGUUUGAUCACUGGUGGUCAAAUCACGAUACCGGACUUAACACUGACAGGCUUACAACAAACUUGGGUAUUAUCUUCAGCUACAACGCUUCGGUUAAUUUCUACAUGUUCCAUGGCGGCACAACUUUCGGCUUUUUGAACGGCGCAAAUUCCAAGGGAAGUUUUCCUUUCUAUGAAGCAGACACAUCUAGUUAUGACUAUGAUGCGCCUUUGAGCGAAGCAGGUGACUACACGACAAAAUUCGACAUUAUUAAGGAUAUGGUAGCUCAGGACAACCAGGUUUCUACCCUGAUUCCCAAUCCUCCUCCGAUUAAUGCAAAAACCGCUUACCCAACUGUCGCCAUCACUGAAUACCUCUCCUUUGAGCAAAUAAUUCAGCAAAUUCCCGCCGAUUUAAUCACACAAAUUGAGACGGUGACUAACAUGGAAGCGUUGGAAAUUAAUCGUGGAAGCGGACAAAGCUACGGACUGAUCGUGUACAGAAAACAGAUUGAUAUCCCACCAAACGCGGAACUGCAAAUUACUGGACGCAUCAGGGACGUGGCCAUGGUCUUGGUUGACGGCGUACAGAAAACCAAGCGCCCAGAGGGAGAUAUCCUCUCAGAGACGUUUGGAUAUUGGACCCAAGAGAACCCGAACUUUACGAUAAUCGACCCGCCUGCUGGCACAAACACCCUAGAUAUAGUGGUCGAAAACUGGGCUCGAGUGAAUUUCGGUUCUCCUUCAGAUUUUGAACAGAAAAAGGGCCUGUUCGAAGGUCCUGUGAGCGUGGACGGUCAAGUGCUAUCUAAUCUUAUGGCGAUUCCACUGGAAUUUAAGUCUAAAUGGGUUAAAAAUCUUACAGGUUGGCAACCUGUUGAAGGUGCAGGACAAUUGCAAGGGCCUCUGAUGGUUCGAGCCAAAUUCCAAAUUCAAGGUACACCGACCGACACAUUCUUGGACAUGAGUGCUUGGAGCAAGGGCUGUAUUUUCGUUAACGGCUUUAAUAUUGGACGCUUCUUCCUCCAAGGACCGCAAGUUACCAGCUACAUUCCCGCUCCCUUGCUCAAACAGGGCGAAAACGAGAUCAUAGUUUUCGAGCACUACAUCCCCAGCACCCAAAUUGUAUUCACGGCAGUGCCAAAUUUGGGCAGGAAGAAAAUCACCAAUUAAAAUUGUGCAAUUAAACGCAAGUCUUUUUAUGUUUUCAAUAAAAAAGUACAAAAUAUCCCUCAA